UGAUCCAUUCAUAAAAUUUGCGUAUUUUAUUUUUCAAAGAAUAUUCAUUAUUUUGUUGUUUUAUUGUGAUAUUUAUUAGAAUAGAAUAAUUCUGUAUUGACCAAAGAAUCAGAUUUCUUUUAAAAAAGCAAUUUAGCACUGCUUGGGCAUUUGCAAUGUUCAGACAGAGUGCUUCGAGGCUUCAGAACCUCCCACGGGAUACAAUUCGAACAUUUAUCAAUUCCUUCGACACUGUCCUGACGGAUUGUGAUGGAGUAGUUUGGUUCCUCAACAAAGCCAUCCAGGGUGCUCCGAAUGUCAUUAAUCGCUUCAUGGACAUGGGCAAGAGGGUCUUCUUCGUCACCAAUAGCUCUGCAAGGACGAGGGAAGAAUUCUUGGAGAAAGCACAUCAGCUAAAUUUCAACAUGACUCUCGAUAGGAUCAUUUCAUCCGCCUAUAUGACCGCACAGUACCUAAGAGAUCAUAAAUUUACCAAGACAGCCUAUGUUAUUGGUAGCAGGGGCUUAGGGAAGGAGCUAAGUAGCUUUAGGAUUAAACAUAUAGGAAUUGGGCCUGAAGUCAUGCAACACGGCUUACAAACUUUUGCACAGGAACACCUUAAGCUACAUCGAGAUAUCGGAGCCGUUGUCAUAGGCUUCGAUGAACAUUUUAGCCUUCCAAAAAUAAUCCAUGCUUGUAGCUACGUAGAUGAUCCAGAAUGCCUUUUUGUGGCCACAAAUACAGAUGAGCGCUUCCCUUUGCCACAUUGCGUAAUUCCUGGAACCGGAAGUAUUGUCCGGUGUGUGGAAACAGCAGCUGAGAGGAAGGCUUUCGUAGUUGGGAAGCCAAAUCCCUUCAUGUGUGAAACACUAAUCAGGGAACAUGGCGUAGAUCCCAAAAGGACGUUAAUGAUUGGAGACAGGUGCAACACAGACAUCCUUUUGGGUGCAAAUUGUGGCUUCCAAACCCUCCUGGUUGAGACAGGAAUCCACAAAGAGGCAGACGUACAGGCCUGGCUAAAAUCCUCUGAUCCUGAAGAACGGAAACUAGUCCCGGAUUUUAUAGUCAGUAAAAUUGGAGAUUUGUUACCUUAUCUCGAAUAAAAGUACAAUACAUUUUUUGUAGAUU